AUGAAGCGGGACUUGAAACGUUGGAAGACUCGAGGCUGCGCAGAAAGCUGCGAGAAGUUAAACUUGAAGGGUAUAUACAGUAACUGUUACUGCUGUAAUCGGCAGAUGCGCCUCAAGUGCCUGCACACCAACCAGCUGCUGCCAGGCUCCCACAUGCCCCGGGGCUCGAUGCCUGCGCAGGGGCUGGGGACCCAGCGGUUGAAGGAAACUGCAGGGCCGGAGCGCGCCCAGAAGCGCCAACACCGGGAGAACUCCGACCCCACGCCCCAGCAACGAGCCGUGCCCCUCCCGGGGGCGGCCCCUCGGCGGGCUCAAAGCCGGGCUCGGCCGCUGCCCGGCGAGCAGCGUGCCGCUGUCCCGGUGCUGCGGCUCGUCCCUUCCUUCCGCCGGGUGCCGCCUUCGCAGCGCCCGCCCUCCAUCGCUCCCUGCUCGCAGCUGGCGGGCGCGGGGCCGGGGCAGCGCCGCGCCAUGGAGGAGGCGGCGGCCGCUGCUGCCGGGGCACCGCCGUCCGGGGCUGCUGAUGCUGCCGGGGCCGAGCCAUCGCCCGGGGCCGCCGCCGCCGCUCCGCGCCGGGUGCUAGCUCUGCUCAGGGCCAAGCUCUGCACCUGGCAUGUUUGGAAAACUGUAAUUCUGGGGCAGGUGCUCUCCUUGUUUAUCUGUGGGACUGCUGUUACAAGUCAGUACCUGGCAGAAGUAUUCGAAGUGAAAACACCAAUGUUGCAAAGUUUCAUCAACUAUGUUUUGCUGCUUCUAGUUUAUACAACAAUGCUGACAUUUAGGACUGGCAGUGACAGUCUUUGGCAGAUUUUGAAACAGAGGUGGUGGAAGUAUAUUUUUUUGGGACUGGCUGAUGUUGAAGCCAAUUACAUGAUUGUAAGAGCCUACCAAUAUACAACCCUCACAAGUGUGCAGCUCCUGGACUGUUUUGGGAUUCCCAUGCUGAUGGCUUUGUCCUGGUUCCUUCUCGGAGCAAGAUACAGGCUGAUACAUUUUAUUGCUGUUGCCAUAUGUUUGCUGGGUGUGGGAACAAUGGUGGGUGCAGACAUUUUGGCUGGGAGGCCGGAAGGUGAAGGUAGUGACGUGGUGAUUGGAGAUGUCUUAGUACUUCUUGCUGCUUCUUUGUAUGCCAUUUCUAAUGUGAGUGAGGAAUACAUUGUGAAAAAUCUGAGCAGAGUGGAGUUUCUAGGAAUGGUGGGCUUGUUUGGGACUAUUAUCAGCGGUCUACAGCUAGCCAUUGUGGAACAUAAGGAGAUAAUGAGAAUUCAGUGGAACUGGAAAGUUGCUUUGCUGUUCACAGGCUUUGCCCUGUGCAUGUUUGGGCUGUACAGCUUCAUGCCAUUUGUGAUUAAAGUUACCAGUGCAACCUCUGUCAACCUGGGGAUUCUGACUUCAGACCUCUACAGUCUCUUCCUUGGCCUUUUCCUGUUUAUGUACAAUUUUUCAGGUCUUUACAUCGUGUCUUUUGUUAUCAUCAUGGUGGGCUUCACCUUGUACUGCUCCACUCCUACUCGGAGGGCAGAGUCCACAGCCCUGCCGCAGCCCGACAGCACCGGUCUGGACAACGCCGCGCUAAAGCUCGAGGAGAGUGACAGCGAAACCCCCGCCGUAACUGUGCAGUUCACAGGGGGAGAAACUCUGGUGGUCAGCACUGAUUAAAGAAAUGGCAGCACUUCAAAACAGAGCUUUUUUUUUUUUUUUUUUUUAAUUGCCAAAUUUCCCUCAAAUACUAAUCCAGAGAGCUGUCCUAUUGCCAGAGGCACAUGUCAUACUGUGCUGGGUUUAGUGCACUUGAUAGACUGUUAAGGCCAGAUCCUCAAUCAGUGUAUUGAUUUGCCCUUGCAGAAAAUCUGGCCUUUAGACAAAGUCAGAUUAGUAUUUAUGUGGAGUCUCUGGAAAGUGAGAGACUGUUAUUUUUAAGUGCUUAAUUAACUUAACAAAUGCUUGUGGG